AUGAGUUCUAUACUCGUAUUUGGUGCAUCUUGUCUUGAUUAUAUAGCUCAAGUUAAUCAUUUUCCUCGACCAGAUGAAAAACUUCGUACAAAUUCAUUAACAAUAUGUGGUGGUGGUAAUGCUAGUAAUACAGCAACAUGUCUUAGUCGUUUAGAUAUUAAAUUAAAACUUCUAACAAAAAUUGGUAAUGAUUUAAAUGGUGAAAAAAUCUUGAAAAAUUUUCAAGAAGAAAAAAAUAUUGAUACAUCAUUGAUUCUUAUUGAAUCAUCAAUCACAAGUCCUUCAACAUAUAUUAUUGUUGAUAUGGAAACAAAAACUCGAACAUGUUUAUAUAGUGCAAAUAAUGAACAAAUACUUAUUAAUGAGAUUAAUCCAAAUUGUUUAGAUAAAAUAAAUUUUAUUCAUUUUGAUAGUCGUUCAACAGAAGCUGCUCUGCAAUUAGCAAAAUUAGCUAAAGAAAAAUCUAUUUUAUGUUCACUUGAUCUUGAACGUGAUAGACCUUUUCUAAAUCAAUUAAUUCCACUAGUAAAUUAUAUAAUUACAACAGAAAAUUAUUCACUGAAUGUUUGUAAAGAUUCAUCUUUAAUACAAACAGCUAUACGUUUUCUUCAAACUUGUCAAUUUGUUAUAAUAACUCGUGGUAAAAAUGGAAGUAUUCUUGUUGAAAAACUAAAUAAAAAAUUAUCUAAUCCAAUUGAAAAUAUAAAUAAUCAUGGAAGUAUUGUUACACAAGAAAUUGUUCAUAUAAAUGAAGAACAUUUUCUUAUAUGGAAUUGUACUGCAUGGCCUAUUCAAUUAGAAGAUAUUAUUGAUACAACAGGUAGUGGAGAUGCAUUUAUUGGUGGAAUUAUUUGUGGACUUUUAACAAAAGAAUUUUGGUCUAGAGAUAAAUUACUUCGUUUUGCAUCUUAUAUAGCUAUGUGUAAAUUAAAAGGUAUUGGAGCAUGUUCUUCAUUACCUUAUAUUUCUGAUAUUGAUAUGAAUUUAUUUUCAUAA